AUGAAGUUCACCCCAAGCAUAGUUCUUGAUGCUCCGCAAUAUUACGUUGACCAUUUUAAUGGCAAGUACAACGUCGAUAAAUGUGUUAUUUUAAGAGAUCUGCAGCUAGAAUCUGACACAGAAUCCAUGCCAUCUAGCCUGAAACACCUCACCAAGCCAACACACAUCCUGGAUUUGACAAAUAAUGAACUUCUCACAAUUCCGGAUCUAUCGAGCAGAAAUGAUAUACACACAUUGCUGUUGGCUCGGAACAAUAUAGUGGAUGUAGAUGGUCGACUGUUGCCAAUGAACUUGCAAAACCUCACGUUGUCAAAUAAUGGCUUAAGAAGGUUUGAAGAACUUCAGUUUUUACGCAGAGCGCCCAAGACACUGAAAACUUUGACUUUAUUAGGAAACCAAGUUUGCCAUUUGGCCAACUAUAGAGAGCAAGUACUCCGAUUAGUACCGCAUCUAGAAACUUUAGAUUUCCAAAAUGUGACAACUGAAGAAAGAAAGGCUGUUUUGAAGCUUUCAGGAAAGGUGGAUGCCACGACACCAAGGGCGAUCGAUGCUACAACAAAAGACAAUGAAUCCAGAGAUAAGACGAUGGAAAUCAUGAAUUUGGUGGUGAGCAAGAUGACGGUGGAGAGAAGAGACGAAUUGAAAAAGCAGCUGGCAGAAGCCACCUCGUUGGAAGAAAUUGCCCGGUUGGAAAGACUACUUUCCGGUGGCGUUUAA